CCCAGACACAACACUCUGGAGCUGCAUUUACUGCGGCGCGCAAUCAGAGGGUUUCAGUGUGGAGCAAGGACAGCUGGCUGUUGGAGCAGUCUACUGAUGUACACUUUCUGUAGUUCAGGGCUUGCUGAUCUGUGAGGUUGCACAUACACAGGUUAUUAUGUGAUGCAUGAUGCCUGUGGAAUUAGAAGGAUCACCGAAGGGUGCCUGUGUCGGUUUUGAGGGGGGACAAAGUUCCUAAGUGCCAGGCACCAUGACAGAGGAAGGGCCCGGACCACAGCCUGCAGCUGAGAGCAAUCUGGAUGGAGAGAUGUACUCCAUUCGCAACCUGUCGUCAAUGAGGUACCGGGAGCAGUCUGAGGAAGAUGGGGUGGAGGACUUGACCCAGCUGGAGGAUCUCCAUGAAGCUUCUGUACUCUACAACCUUAAACAAAGGUUUAGUAGAGAAUUAAUUUAUACAUACAUCGGCAGCAUCCUGGUGUCUAUAAACCCCUAUAAGAUGAACAAUAUCUACGGGACAGACGUGGUGCUGCAGUACGAGGGGAGAGCGCUGGGAGAGAAUCCUCCCCAUCUUUUUGCUAUUGCAAAUGUUUCUUACACAAAAAUGAUGGAUGCCAAACAGAACCAAUGCAUUAUAAUCAGUGGUGAAAGUGGCUCUGGCAAGACAGAAGCCACAAAGCUAAUCCUCCGGUACCUGGCAGCGAUUCAUCACAAACGCAACGUCACCCAACAGAUUCUUGAAUCAACACCCCUAUUGGAGUCAUUUGGAAAUGCCAAAACUGUUAGGAACGAUAACUCAAGCAGGUUUGGGAAAUAUGUGGAGAUCUUUCUGGAGGAGGGAGUGAUCAGCGGUGCCAUAACCUCACAGUAUCUUCUGGAGAAGUCUAGGAUUGUAUUUCAGGCCAAAAAUGAAAGAAACUACCACAUUUUCUAUGAGAUGCUUGCAGGCCUUUCUACUCAACAAAAGCAGAAGUUGUACAUCCAGGAUGCAGAGACGUACUAUUACCUCAACCAGGGAGGCAACUGUGAAAUUCCUGGGAAGAGCGACGCUGAGGACUUCCGGAGGCUCCUGAGUGCGAUGGAGAUCCUGGGGUUCAGUGCUGAGGACCAGAACAGUAUCUUCAAGGUCCUGUCCUCCAUCCUCCACCUUGGGAACGUUUACUUUGAGAAAUCAGAGAUAGACUCCCAGGAGGUGGCGUCGGUGGUCAGUGCCCAGGAGAUCCGCGCGGUGGCUGAACUUCUGCAGAUCUCCCCAGACGGGCUGCAGAAGUCCAUCACCUUCAAAGUAACUGAGACAAUGAGAGAGAAAAUCUUCACUCCCCUGACAGUGGAAAGUGCAGUUGAUGCCAGAGAUGCCAUUGCCAAGAUCCUGUACUCACUUCUCUUCAACUGGCUCACAGACAAAAUAAACCAAGUGGUGUACCCAAAGAAUGAGGCUUUGUCUAUCGCCAUCCUCGACAUCUACGGAUUUGAGGAUCUCAGCUUGAACAGCUUUGAGCAGCUGUGCAUCAACUAUGCAAACGAGUACCUGCAGUUCUUUUUUAACAAGAUUAUCUUCAAGGAAGAGCAGGAUGAGUAUACUAGAGAGCAGAUUGACUGGAAGGAAAUCUCCUUUAGUGACAACCAGCCCUGCAUUGACCUCGUUGCACAAAAACCUUACGGGAUCCUCAGGAUUCUUGAUGACCAGAGCUGUUUCCCCCAGGCGACGGACAACACCUUCCUUCAGAAGUGUCACUACCACCACGGCAGCAGCCCCUUGUACUCCAAGCCAAAGAUGCCUCUGCCUGAAUUCACCAUCAAGCAUUUUGCUGGCAAAGUCACUUACCAGGCUCACAAGUUCCUGGAUAAGAACCACGAUCAGGUCCGUCAGGAUGUUCUGGAGCUCUUUGUCAGCAGUAAGAACAAGAUGGUGGCAAACCUGUUCUCGAACCACAGGCACGCCCUGAGCCAGCAGAAGAACAUCAUGAGCAAGAGCAGCACCAUCACCCGCCGUUACCAGGCCCCCACCGUGGCAGCCAAAUUCCAGCAGUCGCUCCUGGAGCUUGUGGAGAAAAUGGAGAGGUGCAGUUCUUUCUUUGUGCGCUGUAUCAAGCCAAACCAUAAAAAGGAGCCAAGCCUGUUUGAAACAGAAGUUGUUAGCACCCAGCUGCGCUACUCUGGCAUCAUGGAGACCAUCCGGAUCAGGAAGGAAGGUUAUCCCGUCCGGGUCCCGUUCCAGACCUUCAUAAACCGGUACAAGUCUCUUCUGGGGUCGAAGCAGGAGAUCCUGCCAGACGGAGAGAGCUGUGCAGCGAUGCUCAAGAAGCUGUGUCCAGUCAAAAAAGGGACGUACCAAGUUGGGGUCAGCAAGUUCUUCAUGAAAGAGGAAUUGCACCAGCUCUUGGAGAGUAAGCGUGACCGUGUCCUCCACGUGGCGGCGCUCACGCUGCAGCGCUACACACGCAUGUUCCUGGUGAGAAGGCGGUACCAGUCCAUGCGCAGGAAGAUCAUCAGACUGCAGGCUCACUCCCGGGGGUACAUGACCAGAAAACGUUUUGUGAAAAUGAAAGCGAGCCUGAUCAAGUUCCGCUCGCUAAUCCACAUGUAUGUGAACCGCAAGAGAUACAUCAAGAUGAAGGAAGAGGCUUGCAGGCGUGCAGAAGAAGAGCAGAAGCAAAUUGAAAUGGAGCUGACAAAGAGAGAAGUUGUCAACGUGACACACUUGGUCAUUCCAGCAGAGCUAGGGGGUUUACUGCAGGCCGCGGCAGGUGGGAAAGAAGUCCAUUCGGAUUGUCUGGCCCUGGUGCAGGCUCCCAAAGUGCAGGAGGAGUCCCAGCUUACACUGCCCCUGGAUAUCAACAACUACCCCAUCUCCAAAUACGUGCAGGUGCACUUUAAGGAGCCUUACUUUGGUAUGCUGACAGCCCCCCUCGAAUCCCCUUUGUCCCAUGUGGAGGAUGAUCUUAAGCAGGAAGCCAUGGCUGUCUUUAUCAUGGUCCUGCGGUUUAUGGGGGACCCUCACCUUAAUGGUGCUCAGGAGAACCUGUUUGGGAACUACAUCAUUCAAAAGGGGCUGUCCACUCCGGGGUUACGGGAUGAGAUCCUCUCUCAAAUAGCCAAUCAGGUCUGGAAGAACACCAACAACGUCAAUGCCGAGAGAGGCUGGCUCCUAUUGGCUGGCUGCCUGAGUGCCUUUGCACCAUCUCCUAAACUGGAAAAAUACCUUCUCAAGUACGUCUCAGAUCACGCCUAUGAUGGAUACAAGUCUGUUUGCCAGCACAGGCUGAUGCAGGCUAUGCAGAAGUCCCAGUAUGGCCCGGAGACAGCAAGGACCUAUCCCCUUACUCUGCUAGAGUGGACAGCCAAUAGGAAGAGGGCUAGCAUGGUCCUGCAGGUGUACUGCUUUGAUGGUGAAAACUUCUUGGGUCCAGUUCACUCCUGGACCACAGGAGAGGAGCUGGCAGGAGAUAUACUGCGACACAGGGCAGUCUCGGAGGGCUGGAGAGGCUGGUCAGUCUGCAUGAAGGAACAGAGUCAGUGGGCAGAGCUGGCCGGGCACGACUACGUCAUGGAUCUGAUUUCAGACCUGGAGUUAAUGACCGACUUCCCCAAACAGAAAUCCUACUUCCUCAUCUCCGCGGAGGGCCAAGCCAGAGCCAGAUCCAACGGCAAAGUCAGUGUGUUUGGAAAUGGCUUUGAAUCUGAUGAGGACACCCCCAUGCCCCAUGCUGUGAGAGCCCGCGCCAUGCCCCCUUCCAGCCUGCCAGACUCGGAUGGAUACUACAGCCAUGUAGACUCGGACACAUUCAGCGAGCCUCCUUCUCAGAAGGGAAUGGACCGCUACCUCGACAGCCUGUUUGAUCCAGUCUUGUCGUAUGGAAACGGGGACCUGGAAAAGCCGUCCACAAUGUCGACCAGGAUGAAGGGGGGAGGCAAGGUUGGUGGCAGGACCAGGGACAGGGAGCAGCCCAAUACCACUGGCCCUGCUCCCUCUGGGCAGCCCACAGUAGUGCCAGUGAUGUCAGUGAUGGGAGGGAUGAUGCCCGGGAUGCACGGGAUGCCCAUCAUGCCAACAUUCCCUAACACGCCAGGCAUGGAUCAGUCCCUACUGGCACAGCAACAAGCCUUCAUCAACCAACAAGCUUUGAUGCUGGCUCAGCAGAUGACUAUGCAAGCCAUGGCUCUCCAGCAGCAGAUGACCAGUCCGCUGUCCAGUCCUGUCGGCAGUCCGGUCGGCAGCUACCCCCCCAGCCCACUCUUCCAGUCCCCCUACAGCACCUCCGCAGUGCCCCCCCUCCCCAGGGCUGCAGUGCCAGCUCCGAAUAAACCACCAAGAUCUACCCAUGCCAAACCAGUAGCCUUCCCAGCCCCCAGUAAGGAGAAGCCAGCUGUCAAGUCCACUCCUGCCUCCUCUGGUCCCCCCCGAGUCGCCCCAGCGCAGGAACCCGUGAGGCACACGGUCGUGACCUCUGAACCCUUCCCGGAGCCGAGUCACAACAUCAAGGACAUCAUCAAGCAGUACCAGCCGUCCACUCCACACAGCAACGAGCUAGUCAGAAAGGAGCCUGGGAAGGUGUUUGUGAAGAAGCUGGAUCCCCACGAUGAGGCCAUGUUGAUCUUGAAGGGGCAGAUGCCUCCUCAGACACAACAGAAGAGGGCCCCUGAUGCUGCUCCUGCUGCCCCCCCUUCUGCUCGCCCUGCUGCUCGCCCUGCCAUUAGCCCUGCCGCUCGCCCUGCAGCCAGCCCUGCCACUCGCCCUGCAGCCAGCCCUGCCUCCAGCCCCUCUGCUGCCACAGACAAGGGAUCCCAGGAAACGGUUGCCAAGUUGAAACCUGUCACCAGUACCAAGCUAAAGAAAGUAAUUCCCCCAGUGCCAGCAGGGUCUGCACAGAGCUCCUCCACCAUGGCAGCUGUCUCCAGGCAGCUUCCAGUGGAAGAUGAAAAGAUCCAAACCCAGUUACACAGGAAGAGCAGCGAGGAGUACUACACCUAUAACAACGUGCCCUGGAAGAUCUACAUCAGGAAGGAGGUUUUCUAUCCUAAAGACAGCUUUAACAAUCCUUUAGUGCUGGAUCUCAUCUUCAAACAGAUUGUGAACGAUGCAUUCUCAGAGACCUGCAUCAGGAUCACAAAAGAGGAACGGUUGAAAAUGAGGGCGUUGUUAGCUGAAAACAAGGUGGAUCUGAGCUCUGUGAUCAGAGAGGAGAGCAUCAAGAAGAGAGUGGUCACUGCGGCUAGAGACACCUGGGAUGUCUACUUUUCAUGCCUCUUCCCUGCCGCUGGCAGUGUUGGCACAGGGGUGCAGAUCCUGGCCGUGUCCCACCAGGGCAUCAAGCUGCUGAAGGUGAUGAAGAGCAGCGGAACCAUCGCAGAGCAUUUCAGGGUCCUCCGAGCCUACAGCUACACCGACAUCAUGUUUGUGACCAUCCCCUCGAAGAACAUGCUGGAGUUCAACCUGACCAACGAGAAGCUCAUUCUGUUUUCAUCCAGAGCCCCGCAGGUCAAGAACAUGAUCGACUACUUCAUCACCGAGCUCAAGAAGGACUCGGACUAUGUGGUCGCCGUCAGAAAUUAUGUCACAGACGACAGGACUCUGCUCAGCUUCCAUAAGGGUGACAUCAUCCGUUUACAGCCAAUGGAUGGCCUUGAGACAGGUUGGAAGUUUGGGGCGAUCCACGGCCGGGCGGGGAUAUUCCCAACAGAGUACGUUCAGCCCGUGGCAGCGCCCAACUUCAUCAACCUGCCCAUGGACAGGAAGGAGGAGCCCAAGAACAAGCAGGGCAAGGUGGCAGCGUCGGCCGCAGUGGCGGUGGCUGUGGUGUCCGCGGCUGCAGCUCACGAACUGGACCAAACCACUGAGGAGUCUCCGGCAGUCAGCCAGUACACAGAGACUCUGGGGGACUACCCUGGCGUGGAGCUGGAUGAAGCGAUCCUGCAGGACAGCCAGUACACCAUGGUGGAGUUUGCCAAGAAAUACUUCAGGGAAGCCCAGAGGAAAAAGAGUGAAUCGUUUAAGCAGAAAUCGAAGAAAGGGAAAGACUUACGAGACCCUGCUGAUAUGGUGAAGUAUACCAAGUCUCCAAUCCAGGAGUCCCUGAUUGAUUUCAGUGAUGACAACAUGAACAGAGUUGCGGCAGAAGUUUUCCUCGCAAUCAUGAAGUUCAUGGGAGAUUACCCUCUGAAGGGACACACUGAGCAGGAUGUCAUUGGCAUCAUUUUAAAGCACUGUGGAGAGCAUGCAGUCAUGAAGGAUGAAACAUACUGCCAGAUCAUCAAACAGGUCACCUGCAACGCCAGCUCCAAACCGGACAGCUGCCAGAGAGGGUGGAGGAUCCUGUACAUACUGACUGCAUACUACAGGUGCUCUGAGGUCCUUAAACCCUUCCUCUUACGAUUCCUACAGGACAUCUGCAGGAGUCCAGGGCUCCACUUCCAAGGGAUCGCUAAGGCUUGCGAACAGAACCUGAGAAAGACUUUCCAGUUCGGGGGCCGCAUUGAAUUCCCCAGCGGGAUGGAACUCAAGGCCAUGGUGGCUGGUAGGAGCUCAAAGCGGCAGCUGUUUCUACUACCAGGAGGAAUCGAGAGACACCUUAAAAUCAAAACUUGCUCUGUUGCCCUUGAUGUCAUAGAGGAGCUGUGCUAUGAAAUGGCCCUGCACAGACAUGAGGCCCUGGAUGAGUAUGCCAUCUUCGUGGUUACUAACAGAGGCCAGAAUGUCCGUCCCUUGAACAAGAAGGAAUACAUCCUGGACAUAGCCACAGAGGCAGAGCAAAUGGAUGGCAACUACAGUUUCUGGUUCAGGAGAGUGAUCUGGUCCCAGCCCCUGAAGUUUGACAAUGAGCUUUAUGUCACCAUGCACUACAAUCAGGUCCUCCCUGAUUACCUGAAGGCUCUCCUCACCGUGCUCCCCCAGGGGAAGGUGAGCGAGCCGCAGCUGCAGCAGGUAUCCAAGCUGGCAGCUCUGCAACACCGCGCCAAGGACAGCAUCUACCUCCCCACCGUCCGGGAGGUGCAGGAGUACAUCCCGCCCCAGUUUUUUGGGCAGCAGCGGCCGCAGCCCUGGCUGAACAUGGUGACCCAGCACAUGCAGCAGGUCCAGGCUCUGAGUCCUCACCAGGCCCGGGUACAGUUCCUAGGCCUGGUGAGUGCAUUCCCAAUGUUUGGGUCCUCCUUCUUCUACAUCCAGAGCAGCAGUAAUAGCUCCAUCGUCUCUCCCUGUGUCCUGGCCAUAAACCAGAACGGCCUCAACUUCCUCAACAAGGAGACCCAUGAGCUGACGGUGAAGUUUCCUCUGAAAGAAGUGCAGUCCACCCGAACCCAGAGGCCAACAGCGGGCUCCAGUGUCCCCUACGUGGAGAUCAUGCUGGGGGACCUGAUGUCACAGCGCAUCACACAGCUGCAACUCGAACAGGGGUUGGAGCUGUGUCGUGUCAUUGCCAUGCAUAUGGAUAACCUCCUGUCUGCCCGUGAGAAGAGGCUGACCCUCCCACCUAGUGAAAUCACUCUGCUCUAACCAGCCGCUCUCCCCUGACACAAUCACGACACAAACCAACUGGACAGUCAACAGAGUCAAGGGCCGAUACUGGUCUGCAGCCCCACAAAGACAAAACCAGUAGAUGCAGUAUGCUUUUAAUCUUUUAUAUAAGAGUAGAGUGUUAUAUGGGACCACUCCACAACGCAUUCCUAUCUACCUCUUCGUUAAAUAAAAAUAAUAAUUGAGCCCCAACCCUCAACUCCGUGGGAUUUGUUUUGCAUGUGUGUAUUUGCAGUUAACAUAAUAGUCCUUAGUUCCCCCCCCCCCCCCCCACACCCCAAUGUUUAAUGCACUCCAAAAAUAUACAAGUCACAACAUUAAUUCUAAACCAAACAUGCAUGUCCCUUCAUAGAACCCUGAUCUGUCUUUUUACUUUGUUUUGCAAAACAUUGUAAAAUAGCAUAACAUCCCACUGCAUAACAGUUUGAUCCAUUCCUGGUUUUACUAUGAGUUUAAUAAGACCCACAUAAGCUUGUUACCUGUAGACGCUGUGGCUAAUCAAGCAUGUAGUAAAACCUGGAAUGGGUGAAAGUGCUAUGCAAUAGGAGUCUUAUUUAGAUCCCUGUUUAUCUAUCUAUAGCUCCCCAUGCUAUCAUCCUUCCCUUUGCUUUUACCUUUAAACCUUCAAAUUAUAUAUUUUCAAAAACAAAAGUGCAAUAUAAAGUAGAUCCAUGUUGUUGUUUUUUUUAAAUUUUCUUUGUCUUGAGUUUCACACGUCUUUUACAACAUUUGCACUUAAUAUUUUUAUACACAUUUAGAUUUUUUUUUUUUUUUGUCUGAUGGAUCAGGUAAAGAAAAAAAUUGUAAUAUUUUUGUAAAAUUAUAAAAGAAAAUAUUUAUAUUACAGUAAUCUGUGAAGACUUUUUUUUACGUAUUGUUUGUAUUUGUUUCAUGAUCAUUAAAUUGCACCCCUAAAAUAGAGUCUUUAUUUGUUUUCCUCUAAAUAAUCUCUACAUCAGUGCUCCCCUCCUUCUAUAUAGAAGAAUCACAUGUCCACUUCCCACUAGUAACUAACUUUUAAUAUUGGUCCAAGGGAAGGCAUGCA